GGCUGCGAAGGGGUUGGGUGCGUGUUUUUCUCUGCCAUCUUGCCGCACGAGAUGGGCACGUACACGUUGUACGGAUUUUCGGAGGACGUAGACAGGAGACCGUGGCACUUCGUGGAGCCCAUAGACGACGUCAAGGUGUGCAGCGCGUGCCGUCUAGUGCCGAAGAAAAGCGGGUUCCUGCCCUGCCGCCACGUCUUGUGCGAGACGUGCUACGACCAGUGCAGGAAGAGAGGCCACGUAUGCGUCAUGGACGGCGAGGCGUGUCCGGAGGCGACCGUCGAGUGGAGAGAGUUUUCCGACGAGAAGCUACUCCGGAGAGAGGUCACAUGCUGGAACAAGGAGUACGGCUGCGAAGCCGUCACUACUGUUUCCAGCAUGGCCAACCACUUUUACGAAAAGUGCUCCCACCAUCCCUCGAGCUGCCCCAAGUGUUUGGCGACGGUUCUGCACAGACACAUGAUCGACCACAUGGAAUCGCGCUGUUCAGCGCACGUCCUGAGCCGGAAGUCGUCCUCGACGCCAAGUUCUCAAGGCUUGCAAGAGGAAAUGCGCGGCGUCCAAACGCUACUCGGCAACAUAAAGCAGUACCUGGAAAACGCCGCCACCGAGAAGGAACUCCUAAGUUCGAAGAUCACCGAGGUCUCCCAGCACCGCCUAGACGUCCAAGCACAAAUGGGGGAAGUCGUCAGAGAAGUGAAAGAACGAAUCGACCAGACGCUCAGAGUCAUCGAAGAGAACGCAAAGAGGGACGAAGAGGUUCGACGGGAGUUCGACGAGCUCAAGUCGACCUUGGAACAACGAGUGGCCGACGUGAAGGCGACCUUGGAAGCUUCCAUCCGGGCCCAUAAAUCGCAGGCCGAAUCGAGAAGCAGGUCGCAGAGCGUCGUGACGCAAACAGUGAGUGCGUUGCAACAAGAGGUGCAGCGCAUGAAAUCGGCCGUGGAAGAUAUCCAGCACGAGUUGUGUCCCGAAGGCGAGCCUUCCAACAAUGUGGACGAGAAUCGUUAGUACUUCGGGUCGUCCUGUCGCUGUCGCUUUGAACCGCUUGCCUAAUAAAGACUUCAAAAUAAAGGCGGAAAAUUCAAAUCGCAAAUCGGCACAAACACGCAU